GUGCUAAGUAGGUAUUCUUCAACGGUAAAAUCCCAGAAGGGAGCUGAAAUUUCUACCAUUUCUUAGAGGUUAAGCUCAUACCUCUGUAGGUGUAGAAGUGUCAUUACUGCUUGAAACAACUUCUGACAGGAGAUUGCUUGAAUUUUCAUCUCCUCAGAUAAGCCUUUGCUGAAAGAUAAUGGAUUGGGCCAGCCUUGUUCCCCUGGGGUUGCUGUUUGUCCUCAUUCUCCUGCUGACUGUGAAAAGACAAUAUUUCUGGAAGAGCCAUGUGAAUAAGAACCUUCCUCCAGGACCCAAGCCUUUACCCAUCAUUGGAAAUCUGCACAUCUUGGACUUGAAGAAACUUGACGGGACAUUGCUAAAGCUGUCUGAAACAUAUGGCCCAGUGUUCAGAAUUCAAAUGGGACCGAAGACAAUGGUGGUGCUAUCAGGAUAUGACACAGUGAAGGAAGCUCUGGUGAACCAUGCAGAUGCAUUUGCAGGGAGACCUAAAAUACAAAUCGUCAAAGAAACGGGAAAAGGAAAAGGAGUUAUAUUUUCUUAUGGAGAAAACUGGAAAGUAAUGCGAAGAUUUACUCUUACAACCUUACGAGACUUUGGAAUGGGAAAGAAGGCCAUAGAGGAUCGUGUUGUAGAAGAGUAUGGAUACCUGGCAGAUGUCAUUGAGUCACAGAAAGGGAAGCCCCUUGAGAUGACUCUGAUAAUGAAUGCUGCUGUUGCUAAUGUCAUUGUAUCCAUAUUGCUUGGAAAACGGUAUGACUAUGAAGACCCCACAUUCAAAAGACUCCUGUCAUUGAUGAAUGAAAAUAUCAGACUUUUUGGAAAGCCACCAGUUUUGCUGUACAAUAUAUUCCCAGCCCUUGGAUUCUUCCUGAAGGACCGCAAAGCUUUUAUUGAGAAUGCGAAAGAAGUCAAUGCUUUUAUCAAGGUUACUUUCAUAGAACAUCUUAAAGUCCUGGACAGAAAUGACCAGAGGAGCUUCAUUGACACUUUCCUCGUCAGACAACAAGAGGAGAAUGGAAAGGACAAUGGGUUUUUUGAUAAUGAAAACUUAACUGAGGUUGUGAGAAAUCUGUUUGCAGCUGGUACAGAUACCACAUCCACCACUUUGCGCUGGGGCCUUCUGCUCAUGAUGAAAUAUCCUGAAAUUCAGAAAAAAGUCCAAGAAGAGAUAGAGCAAGUGCUAGGAUCAAACCCCCCACGAACUGAGCAUCGGACUCAAAUGCCAUAUACUGAUGCUGUUAUCCAUGAAAUUCAGAGGUUCGCUAAUAUCCUGCCACUGAGCCUGCCUCAUGAGACUACUGCAGAUGUCAAUCUCAAAGGCUAUUUCAUUCCCAAGGGAACCUAUAUCAUCCCUUUGCUGACCUCUGUCCUGCGAGACAAAUCCCAGUGGGAGAAACCAGACACCUUCUACCCUGAGCACUUCCUUGACUCGGAGGGGAAGUUUGUAAAGAAAGAUGCUUUCAUGCCUUUUUCAGCAGGUACCUUCUAUUCCAUUUUUAGGGCUCUGGAAGAANNGGAGCUCUUCCUCUUCUUCACCAGCCUCCUACAGAGGUUCACCUUCCACCCUCCCCCAGGAGUUUCCACCUCAGAUCUGGACCUCUCUCACACUACUGGGCUUACCGUUCCCCCAGUGACUCAUGAGGUCUGCGCAGUGCCACGUUCCUAGGGGGUUUAUCAGCCAUCUUCUUUCCCCGAAAUACCCAGAUGAAAUAUCUUAGUCUGUCUCUAGACCCACGUGGGAAUGUUGGUACUUCUGAAUCUGAUAAGGGAUGUUUAGCCAGAGUACACCUUGAAUCACAGCAAGACAUAUGUCACUCACCAUUACAGCAGGCGGCAGUCCUGACAAAUGUUACUCCUUGAACAGGCAAAUUGAUGGUCUUUGUGAGGAUGAAUCCCAUGAUGGGAUAGCAAAGUCCAUUUUAUUCAGUCAAUUCCUACACCACCUCAAGGAGAAAGACUGAGGCUGGACUCUGGGACAGAGCUCACAGGGUACUGCACAGAUCACACACACAAGGCCUUCCACACCUCCAACACAGCUGCACCCAAGCUUCCCAGUGAAAAUGAUCCAUGACACAUUUUGUUCCAACACGAGUGCCCUGAACGCAUACACACACACACACUGAAAUGUAGAGAAUUAUAUGCAUGCUGAUGAGAAUGACAAAAACGCAGAAAAAACAAUAAAUCAUUUUCCAUUUCAAAUCAAA